CGUGAUAGAGUUGCGUUUCGGCGUCUCGAGAAAGGCGUUGUGCCUACUGAGCAUUUUUUGAAAAAAAUCAACGCAACGCGGUAGUCAUGGUGCGAACGAAGGCGGAUGGUGCCAGCCGAGCCGUUGGUGCGAAGGCAUUCAGGAAAAGCAUGAGCAGUCCCGGAGGUGCCUCCAGUUCAAGCUCGCCAAGUUCUCGAAGCCAAAAGGAGGGAUGCAAUCACAAAUGGCCAUUUUGUCAAAUUUCAGAUAAAUACGGAGGUGGCAACUCCUACUGCCCCCGACCAACCCCACCCUGGCAGAAAGAAAUUUCUGGGUUCCUCGUAAAGGCAAGCACACCCGAAGAGGAGAAUCAACCGCAGACAUCAGAGACUGCAUCUAGUUCCGACGCAUCCGACAGCGGUGCGUGUGGCAGCUCGUCUUCCUAAGUUGCUGGCUGCUGCAGUUUUGUUUUUACUUACCUAUUGACAUCCUGCGAGUCAUUUUACCACAAGUGCUGUAUAUAUAUAUAUGCUUUGCAAUCCAUUGUGAAUAAAGAGAACACUUAAGGCAUCUGCAACAUUCUGCAUGCUUUCAGUUUAUUCUCUCACCACUCACACAAAAAGCAGAAACGGCCUGGAGUGACUGAAAUUCGCUAAACUAUCAUCAUAAGAGAAGGAUGGGAGGAGAAGGGAAUGGUUUUUACUUAAAAUUUAAAC